GUUUACCGUUUACCCCCCCCCACCGCAGUCGUCUCUUCUCUCUCUCUCUCCCCGAGACUCACAUGUAUAUUGGUCUCCUAGACAUUAAUUCAGGCUUUAAAAAGGUCCAACACACAACAGUAUAACUUGUUCUUACCGAAAAAGAAACCAUCUCUCUCUUCAUCAUCAAAACAUCAUUGGCGUGCUGACUGUCGGUGGAGCAGAAUAACUAGUUAAUGUCCAAGCAAACUUACACUGUCUGCUUCUGCUUCCGGCGGCGGUUCAAGCAGCCGGAGGCCGAGGCGCCCCCGGAGAUCAGGGCCAUCUUCGACGCUUUCUCGGAGAAGGGGAUCAUGGGCGCCGAUCAGCUUCGGAGGUUCUUGAUGGAGGUGCAGGGAGCCGCCAAGGAGGACGCCGAGGCAGCAGUACUGAUGGAGCUCCAAAGCAACGUUAAUGGGGGUCUCCAUCUUGAAGCCUUCUUUCAGUACCUUUUCAGUGACAGCAAUCCUCCCCUCUCCACUAAGGUGCAUCAUGACAUGAAUGCUCCCUUGUCUCAUUACUUCGUGUACACAGGCCACAAUUCCUACCUCACCGGCAACCAGAUCAGCAGCGCCUGCAGCGAUGCCCCCAUUAUAAAGGCUCUGCAGGGAGGCGUGAGAGGAAUUGAACUGGACAUGUGGCCAAACUCCAGCAAAAAUAACAUCCAUAUUCUCCAUGGCAGGACGCUGACUAGCCCAGUGGAACUGAUCAAGUGCUUGCAAUCCAUUCGGGAAUAUGCUUUUGUUGCGUCUGACUAUCCUGUCAUAAUAACUCUAGAAGACCACCUUACCCCCGAUCUUCAGGCUAAAGUUGCUGAGAUGGUGAAUCAAACAAUUGGGGAUGUACUGUUUUGCACUCGGGCAGAAUGCUUAGAGGAAUUCCCCUCACCUGAAUCCUUGAAAAGGCGGAUCAUUAUCUCAACUAAACCUCCAAAGGAAUAUCUCGAAACUAAGAGUAUCAAGGAGAACGACAACUCGUUGUCGCAGAAGGUAAAUGGUUCCUCAGAUGAAAAGGCCUGGGGACAAGAAGUUUCAGAUCUGAAAGAUAAACUGGAAACUUUCAAUAAGAACGACCCGGACGAAGGGGAGCUUCAGGAUGAAGAAAAUCCUGAUAACGAGGAGCAGAAUGCUGCACCGGAAUAUAAGCGACUAAUUACAAUUCAUGCAGGAAAGGCAAAAGAAGUGAUCAAAGAAUGGUCAAGUGGGAAUACCCAUAAAGUCAGACGUAUUAGCUUAAACGAACAAAAAUUCGAGAAGACUGUCAUCGCGGGUGGAACAGAUAUAGUCAGGUUUACACACAGAAAUAUAUUGAGGGUGUAUCCAAAAGGCACACGGGUUGAUUCAUCAAACUACAACCCGUUAAUUGGGUGGAUACAUGGAGCUCAGAUGGUAGCGUUCAACAUGCAGGGCCAUGGAAGGCCACUGUGGUUGAUGCAAGGACUAUUUAGAGGCAAUGGAGGGUGUGGUUAUGUCAAAAAACCCGACAUCCUACUGAACGUUGGCCCCAAUGACACGGUCUUUGAUCCUAAAAAGACCUUACCGCUCAAGAAAACGCUUAAGGUGAAACUAUACAUGGGCCGGGGCUGGCAUUUGGAUUUCCAUCGCACACACUUCGACUUGUAUUCCCCGCCAGACUUCUAUGCAAAGGUUGGAAUAGCCGGAGUCCCAGCGGACUCAGUCAUGAAGAAAACGGAGGUGAUUGCAGACAAUUGGAUCCCAGCAUGGAAUGAGGAAUUUGAGUUUCCAUUGACAGUUCCAGAGCUGGCAUUGCUUCGUGUGGAAGUUCAUGAGUACGACUUGUCUGAUAACGACGAUUUUGGAGGCCAGACAUGCCUUCCUGUUUCAGAGUUGCGAACAGGGAUCCGAGCAGUACCCCUCCACAACAAGGAGGGUGAAAAGUACAAAUCCGUCAAGCUACUGAUGCGCUUUGAAUUCGUUUGAUGUUCAUCUCCCUGUAUUAAAGCACAGAUAUAUGUUUUGCUUUUGCACUUGGAAUCUGAUGCUGUAGCAUCUGAAGAAAGGACUCGUCAAUGUCAUAAUGCAAUCUGCAUUUAGUACUUGGAAAAACCAA